GGAGGCGGCGCGCCGGGAGCCAUGCGGGAGUACAAGGUGGUGGUGCUGGGCUCGGGCGGCGUGGGCAAGUCCGCCCUCACCGUCCAGUUCGUGACGGGCUCCUUCAUCGAGAAGUAUGACCCCACCAUCGAGGACUUCUACCGCAAGGAGAUCGAGGUGGACUCCUCGCCGUCGGUGCUGGAGAUCCUGGACACGGCGGGCACCGAGCAGUUCGCCUCCAUGCGGGACCUCUACAUCAAGAACGGGCAGGGCUUCAUCCUGGUGUACAGCCUGGUGAACCAGCAGAGCUUCCAGGACAUCAAGCCCAUGCGGGACCAGAUCAUCCGGGUGAAGAGGUACGAGAGGGUGCCCAUGAUCCUGGUGGGCAACAAGGUGGACCUGGAGGGCGAGCGGGAGGUCUCCUUCGGGGAGGGCAAAGCCCUGGCCGAGGAGUGGAGCUGCCCCUUCAUGGAGACCUCGGCCAAAAACAAAGCCUCGGUGGACGAGCUCUUCGCGGAGAUCGUCAGGCAGAUGAACUACGCCUCGCAGCCCAACGGGGACGAGCAGUGCUGCUCCUCCUGCGCCAUCCUCUGAGGGCGGCGGCGGCGGGCCGGGGCUGUCUGCGGGGACACG